AUGCGGCUUUCUUCACUUCUUUCUGUGGGCCUGGCAUGGCUGGCACACGCUGCCGUGAUCGGCCACCAAGAUGGAAGGAACACCACGCUGGUUGAGGCUCACCAGGCUGCUACUGGCUAUCGUUCUGUGGCAUACUUCGUUAAUUGGGCAAUCUAUGGUCGCAACUUCAAUCCCCAGGACCUUCCUGCCGAGAGACUGACCCAUGUACUGUAUGCAUUUGCCAACGUGCGCUCAGACUCGGGUCAGGUAUACAUGUCGGACUCGUGGUCAGACAUUGAGAAGCACUACCCUGGAGACUCCUGGAGCGACGGUGGAAAUAAUGCCUACGGUUGUAUCAAGCAACUAUUCCUUUUGAAAAAGAAGAACCGAAACUUGAAGGUCCUCUUGUCUAUCGGAGGUUGGACAUACUCAAGCAACUUUGCAGGUCCUUUGAGUACAAGUGCUGGACGAGCUGCUUUUGCUUCAUCUGCGGUCAGCCUGGUACAGAAUUUCGGCUUUGAUGGAAUUGAUAUCGACUGGGAAUACCCUACGGAUAGUACCCAGGCAGCCAAUUUUGUGGCCACUCUCCAGACGCUGCGUUCGGCACUUGAUAGCUAUAGUGCUACCUAUGCGAAUGGCUACCAUUUCUUGAUCACUGUAGCAUGCCCAGCUGGCCCUUCGAAUUACCAGCAGCUCAAUAUUGCUCAAAUGGAUCAAUACCUUGAUUUCUGGAAUUUGAUGGCAUAUGACUACUCCGGAAGCUGGGAUACCAUUGCUGGCCACGAUGCAAAUGUCUACGCAUCAUCUAGUAACCCGGCAAGCACACCAUUUAACACAGACCAGGCUAUCCGGUACUACACUUCCAACGGCGUGAGCACCAACAAGAUUGUUUUAGGGAUGCCCCUGUACGGUCGGUCUUUUAUGAAUACAGCUGGACCUGGCACGAGUUAUAAUGGUAUUGGAGCCGGGACAUGGGAAGCCGGUGUUUAUGACUAUAAGGCAUUACCCAUGGCAGGUGCUUCUGUGAGUCAAGACAACUCCAUCAUUGCAAGCUACAGCUAUGAUCCAUCACAGCGGAUGAUGGUCAGCUAUGAUACUCCGCAGGUGGCUCAGAUGAAAGCGCAAUACAUCCAAUCUAAAGGUCUCGGAGGUGGGAUGUGGUGGGAGUCAAGCAGUGACAAAUCUGGAUCUGACAGCUUGAUCAGCACGGUGGUCAACGCAUUUGGAGGUACUGGUGCCUUGGAUAAGAGCCAGAAUCAGCUCAGUUACCCUGCGUCUUCUUACGAUAAUCUAAGAACUGGAUUCCCUGGUAGCUGA